ACUGUGGACGAAUAAACAGCGGAAGCCUUUUGCUCAUUUAAUGGGUUGCAACAAUCCAGAAAACUGGACGGACAACGUGGUGGAAUGGGCCACGGUUGGUGAAGCUGAGACAAACAAAAUAAAAUAUGAAAAGGGUAAAUUGAUAAUCGAGGAGGAUGGUAUUUACUAUCUUUACUCCAAGCUGGAGUUCAAUGUUGCAAAGGAGUGUGAUACUAUCUUUCACAAAAUGAUGAAGAAAACUGAUGCUUAUGGCCACCCAUUUGAACUCCUGAGGUCAAAAAGUAAUCGCUGCUUUGACCCAAAACCUCCAAGUGAGAACAUCUACAAUGAGGAGCAGGACCUGAGGAGCAGUUUCCUGGCAGGAAUUUACCACCUGCAGAAAGGAGACAAAAUUUUCGUCACUCUGAGAAAAAAACAAUACCUAAAUCCAGGGUCUUAUGAAAACUUUAUGGGGGCCUUUAUGAUAUCUCAGUGACAAGUAUGGAACUGUUCCAGUCCAAUCUGUGCUUUUGCACAC